AUUUCUUUCCACCUGUUAAAAAAAAAAGGAAAAAGAAACGAAAAAGGAGGAGAAACGGCCGCCUUUCUUUUGAUUUUACUUUUUUUUCCUCCGGCUGGGCCUUCGCCGGAAAAUGCAUUCGCCGCCUUCUCCUCGAUCACUCUUCUCUCUCGUUAUUCGUUAUUAAUUGUCAGCGUCGUCGAGAUCCCAUUGGAUAGUCUUUUCCGGAAAGAGAUCGACUGGAAAAAUUAAGAUACAGUGCGUUUAGGGUUUCCGGCGACCUUCUUGUAAAAGACUGUUGAAGUCCGUCUGGCGCAGACUUUGUAGUUGACUGCGCCUGCUUCCUGUUCUCUUUUGGAUCGGUGUUCCUCUCUUCCCCUCUUCGUGUUUACGUUUCUCUGGUUUGUGGAGAUGAACGGCGACGCGUGUUGCGCUGAUGCACAAACUCUUAGGUUUGCUUUGGUUCCUAAUUGAGUAUUGAUCACUGACCUCAAACGCCGAUCGUGGAUUCUUCAUCUUCUCUUAGGAUCCUGAAUUUUGCCAUCCAUAUUGGAGUUCGGAUAGGAAUCAUAGUUGGGCUUGUUAUGUUAUCAGCAUGCAGCCGGAGCUGCAGACAACAUCGUCAAUUGGGGCAGCUGCCUCUAUCCCUCUAAGCCAGGAUGUGAUAACAGGGAUAGAUGCCAAUGCGAAUCUUCCUUGUUCACCGCCCGCUAAGGAUGACAUCCCUUCUACUCAAACCCCUGUAAAAAAACCAACACGGCAAUGGGCUGCUUGGACACGUCAAGAGGAGGAGAGUUUUUUCAAUGCAUUGCGACAGGUUGGCAAGAAUUUUGAGAAGAUCACCAGCCGGGUCCAAAGUAAAAAUAAGGAUCAAGUUAGACACUACUAUUAUCGCCUCAUCAAACGAAUCAAUAAGCUUUUGGGUCCUGCGUUUACUCUUGAUGCCAAAAAUUCAAAAGAUGCUAAUGCUGCAAUGCUUCGAUGGUGGUCUUUGCUUGAGAAACAUAGUUGCUCUGCUUCAAAGCUUCAUCUGAAGCCGAGACGGUUCAAGACAUUUGUGACCGCACUGGAACACCAACUUCUGAAAGAUCGCAAGAAGACAAAAAGAAAGGCUUCUCAAGCGGAGCAGAUUUCUGCUGCACCCUUGGUUACAGUUUCACUGCCAAGUAAAACACCUGGAACUGGAAAUGAAACCCGCGGACAGAAGGUUGUGACCUUGGAGAGCCAUAUUGCUCAAAAAGCAGGAACUGGAAGGGGGAAUUCACUAAAACGUCAGUUGAUGACAAGCACUGGUGGUUGUAAGGAUGAAAUUGCUACUGUAAAAGCAACACGACAACGACGAAAAGCAGGAGUAGGCUCUGUCUCAUUGAGUGAGUAUAAGAGAUGGGAGAAAGCUGCAAUAGCUGGGGUGUCUUUGGUUGCUGAUGCUGCUGUACACUUGGAGCGCACCAGUAAUGGUUUUCCCUCUGAUCGACUUCUGGAUGGGAUGCACAGCAUGACAUUUUCCUGUUCCGAGGGAAACAGGAAUAUUCAAGUUCAAAACACAGAUAUGCAUCUGCUACCCUCUGGAUCAGCCAAAAUAAGAUCACCUGAUGGGAUCAUCGAAUCUGGUAUCUUACAGAGACAAAUGGGGAAUCCGUCUGAACCGGCGCAAAGUACCAGGCUGUUGUCAAAAGACCCUAAACUAAAAUUGCAGCUAUUCCCUAUAGAUGACUAUACAAGGAAAGCAAUGGAGAAGGAUGACCACAAUCCACACCUAGAACUCACUGUUGGGGCUAGAAAGAAGAUAUCCUCAAUAAUAGAACAUUUGAAUCGAAAAUGGGGCAACGCAAGUGUAGCUUCAGGAGAGCUUGCUCUCUUCCCAUAUGCUGCUUACCAAGAACAUAUUGUUGGUCAUCAUAGCUGGACUUUGAGGGACUCAUUCCUUAGUGCUGCAGAUGUGUAUGAAGCUGUAGGAAGGCCUGCUGUUUUUCGUUUAAGGUAUGGCUGGUUUUCUAGCACAGGGCCUGGUCUUAGAUCCUCUGGGCAGUCAUUUUGUCAUUCGGGUGUAUGCUUCCAUUCUAACAAGGAAAAUCUGUCCAUGGAGAGAAACUGUACUUCUGCGAACAAUCUGCCUCCUUCUGUUAAUCAGGACGCUGAAGCCUUGAAGGAAAGUGGCUCAACUGUUGCAAAUACAAACCAAACAAGUAGUGUUCAUUCUAGUGAAGCAAGUCCUGACAAAUCAGAUGUUUGUCAUGCCUCCAAGAACCAUGACGUUUCAAGUAGCUGCUCAAUUGACAAAGACAAGCAUCCCAUAGACAUUAUAUCCUUGAAGAGCAACCUUCAGACAACAUCAGAGAAUCAGUCAACCCCUUGGCUUGGUGAAGACAGCACUGAUGGAUUUCUCCGGAAUCUCUUUCAGAAUGCGGAUAACAUGCAGACAGGGGGCGGAGCUUCUUUGGCAACUGUUGAGUGGGCUGACAGCCUCACCAAUUACAGUGUGGGUGAUUUUCUAAAUGAAGCAUCCAAUGUUGCAGAUGGUGUUAUGGUAGAAAGUGCUGUUGCCGGCAGUGCUUGUCUUGAGCAGACACCGUUCUGUUCUGAUUCAUUUGAUGCAGCAAUAGCAGCACAUGUAUCCCGUCAUCAAAAUGCAAUCAGUGUGUCAGCCAAUGUUUGGCAUCCAUCUAUUUGGAAUGCAGAUGAUACACGUGAUGCAUUUUCUUUUCAGAAGAACAAUCGUUCACAAGAGAAUGCAAUAGGGUUGUCUAGAGAUGCUUCAAGCGAGAAACCUGUCCAAAAUAUCUUUCCAAAUUCAACUGGAGAUGCUAAAUUGGUUGAGCAGGAAUUUGGUGAAGCUGAAGACCCUUCCGAAGAUAUUGAAGCUGAUUCGGAGACCAUGAAACAAGUCCAAGCGAAUGAAAGGAGCUGUGGCAUCUCCGACAUUUAUUGGCCUGAUUCGUUAGGAUGUAUGAUAGAGUUCGGCUUCUCUUCCUCGAGGUUUCAGAGCCAGUGUUUAUUGAACGCCGACAGUGUGAGUAGCCUCAAUGGCCUCAUCGCUAGCAGUCUAGAUGCAUUUCAGAACUGUUCCUUUUUUGGCACGGAGAAAAAGGCCACGCCAUGUGAAGGUGCGCAGAGUCAAAUGCCUAACAGCGUAGCAUUGGGAAAGCCUGUAAUAUUAGAUCAAAGUAUAUCAAAGAUUUCUGAGAACCCUGGGAAUAAGUUGGUUGAUGCAAUUUCCCUGGGGACCUGAUCGGCGAGGAAGCCUUUUUAUUUCCAGCUUUUUCAGGUGUAGAGAUAACACAGUAACUUCAGUUCUGACCAUGCCCGUCCGUGCACGUAUGACAUGGUCACUUAGUCUCUGGGAAAAAGGGAAGAAAUGUUUUUGUUCCCUCGAAAAUGUACAAAUCAGCGUGUUUAAGAACCAAAAAUUUAAAUUGAAGAAAACAUGUUGGAAGCUGUAACGACGAGAAUAUUCGAGUUCAACAGUUUCUUGAAUCGGCCCAGCUUCUUUGUUUUCGAUGCGUGCUAAUUUUUUUUAUAAAUCACCCCUCCAUAAAAUA